AUGGCGGGCAUAGCAAUAUUGGAUCUACUGAGAAGAAACCCGAAUUUUGGUAGCCAACCGUUCAGUUCGAGUGGUCUGUUACCCGUGAAGCUGGCCGGAGCCACCUCUGCUGCCGCUGCUUCUUUUGCCGUUACAACCCCUUUUGCUUUCGGGGGUUUGUUCGGAAAUGGUGUCCCACGGGUCGCGUACUGUGAUGCUGGCACAGAAGCUUUAGGCGAAGAUUACAUUUCCCACAUACGGACUGCAUCUGGGAACAUAUUUCAGAGUGAUGCUUUGAUAUACAGCACCAAGCAAUACGAUAUUCAGUUGAAACCUCUUUUGUCUGCCUUCCACUGGAAAACUUUUGCGCUGACAUCACUGAGGUCCUUUCUAUUGUUUUAUUUGCCACUUGUGGAGCCCCAUGGACUCAAGGAAGAGGACGAUGAUGAUGAUGACGAUUUUCUUAAGCCCGAGGGGAAGCCAGUGGAUUUGGUUGUUCCGUUUAAGAAAUCAGUGAAACAAAUACUUCGUGAGACAAGUGUAGUUACUACGAGACGUGUUCUGGAAAGGCUUGCGGUUCAUUAUGUUUCACAGCGUAUGGCCUGGAAGCUUCUCAAAGAUGUUCCCCAGUCGGCCACUCGCAAGGCUUCAAGAGGACUCCCAACCACGACUUACUUUUUCCGCGUCAGCAGAACCACUCUAAGAGGUCACUGUCUUGGUGUUUUGGCAUCUUGGAUUGUUCAAGUCAGCAUUGAUGUCUAUCGUUUUUUCUCUUCUCUAACUAAAGCUCCACAAGAAGACGAGAUAAUUGAUACAGCAGAUCAGCUUGAGAUUCUAGGGAAGAAGGUUUACGGUGCCACCAUUAGGUGCGGAAGCUCUCUCAUCUUUGCAUCUAUUGGUGCUGGGAUUGGGGCACUGUUGAUUCGCCCUUCAACUGGACAGUGGAUAGGAUGUGCGGUUGGGGAUUUAUUGGGACCCAUUGUCGUUGCAUUCUGUUUCGAGAAGUUUCAUUUGGACCUCUGA